UCUCUGCACCAGCUGAUCGCAGCAGUAAUCAGAUCGUUCAUUACUGUCACUUUCUGAUGUUUGGAAAAAUCCGCGAGCACAGCAGCACCCGGUCACGCGCUACCGACAGGCCGCGUGAAAGUGCGGCGCGUGCUGCGGACACUGUUUGUUUUGUUUGAAAGCCUGCUCGGUCUCAAGGCCUAUCUACGAUGCUAAGCUAACCAGCUAACUGUCACCAUUCAUGUAAACAAGUGGUGAAGGCAGUGAACGGCCAGGGUUAGCCACUCUCAGCCGGACGGUGAUGACAGUGCGACUGGCCUACACUUCUUCUUGUUGAGCUAAUGUCUGUUCUGGUGGUCGGAAGCCUAUGACAGUGACAUUCAGCUGCGCUCCCGGACAGCUACAAGAUGUGGUUAAAGCUGUUCUUUUUGCUCUUGUAUUUUAUGGUGUUGUUUAUGCUAGCGAGGCUCUUUGAGGCGGUGGUCUGGUAUGAGACUGGGAUGUUCUCCACUCAUCUGGUGGACCCAGUCAGCCUCAGCUAUAAGAAGCUGAAGACCAUCCUGGAGAGCAGGGGGCUGCCUUACUCCGGCCUGGCCGAGAAAAAGGAUGUCAGCGAGCUGGUAGAGAAAUCAGGAGAGCUGACACAGGGCGAGCUGUACUCAGCCAUGAAGAAGGAGAAGGAGCAGACGGAGGCCGGAGAUGGCAGCACCACAUACUUCAGUGGAGAGAUGCACUUCUAUGAAUUAGUGGAGGACACUAAAGAUGGGAUAUGGCUAGUGCAGGUCAUUGCCCAGGACCGGGAGGCUCUGCUCAGUCAGUCGAACUGGGGGAAGAUGGUGCAGAAAGUGUCUCAGUUUGGGAUCAGAACUGGAACCUUCAACUGCUCAAAUGACUACAGGUCCUGUAUCAAGCGUGGCUGGCAGCGCUCCACUCUCAUCAUGUCUGUUCCUCAGACUUCGGCCUCAAAGGGAAAAGUCAUGCUCAAAGAAUACAAUGGCCGUCGCAUUGAACCUGAACACAUCUUCCGCUGGAUGACCUCACAUGUGGCUCAUCGAAUCAAAACACUGCAUCAGUCUGAGCAGCUGUUGGAGGAGUGGCGCUCUGACCCCGCCCACCCGGUGAAGAUGUUCCUGUUCGCCUGCCUGCCCCAGCCCCCCGCCUUCUUCUCCGCGCUGUCUGUCAAGUUCACCGGAAGGAUCGAAUUUGUUUUCGUGGACGUGCAUCACUGGGACAACCACAGCAUCCUAUCAGAGAUAGAUGUAACAAAGAGCCCUGCCUACAUUCUCAAGAUGCCCGAGGGCAUCUAUCGCUAUGGCAACAGUAUCGGGGAGUUCCUGUCCCUGGCUGCUAUGGAUACCUUCCUGCGCGGGGUCCAGCCGGAGGUCAAUGAUCUGUUUGUCCUCAGUCUGGUCCUGAUUAACCUGCUGGCCUGGAUGGACCUCUUCAUUACACAGGGAGCAACCGUGAAAAGAUUCGUAGUUCUGAUCCGAACGCUUGGAACCUACAACUCUUUACUGCUGGUGUCCUGGCUUCCUGUUCUGGCUCUCCUCCAGCUGCCCUACCUGGACUCUCUGUACGGUUACAGUCUGAAGCUGCUCCGUUAUGCUGAUACCACCACACUGGCCAGCCUAGUGAGAGCUGACUGGACCUUCUACUCGUCCCAUCCAGCACUCUUCCUGUCCACCUACCUGGCUCACGGCUUGCUAGUCGACUACUUUGAAAAGAAACGGCGCUGUGGCAUGAGGAGCCAAGAGGACAGCACCACAAACCUGGAGUGGCUGGCCAAUCUGUGGGACUGGUACACUUCCUAUCUGCUCCACCCAAUCGCAGCGCUGCAGCAGGUCCCAUCUGACUUCUCCGACUGGGAGGACGACCCCAACUUUCUGUUAGAGCGUUUGGCUUUCCCUGAUCUCUGGCUCCGCCCAUUAGUAAACAUGGAAUAUAUUGACACCCUGCCCACCUGGAGGUUCAGAGCAGCUGGUCAGGACAGAGGGGAGGGGGGCGGUGUAAAGCUGGAUGAAGAGACAAAUAGUUCGCACUCAGACACAGAGAGCAUGAAGCAGUUGGAGGCAGUCCCCAUCAGAUUUCCAAACAGCAGCGAGAAACAUGAGAGCGCAUUCAGCAGUGAGGACAGCGGUCCACUUGUGUGUGUGUACAAAGACACAGACCCCAGCAGUAGCUGUGAGUGUGCUGCUGCAUCACCACUGUGCUGUCGUCACGGGAACAGUAGCUCACCAUUAGCUGACAGGACGGUGGAGGACGGCAAGCUGACAUCCGAAGGCAUCUCCAACUCUCAGCACUGUGAUUGGUCGGUGUGGCCCCAUGACGUCCUGCAGUGUUUGGAGUGUGUGGUGUGUCUGGAGAACUUUGUGAGUGAGGAGCUGCUGAUGGCUCUGCCCUGUGGCCAUGUGUUUCACCAGCAGUGCAUCGUGGUGUGGCUGGCCUCGGGCAGACACUGCUGCCCUGUGUGCCGCUGGCCCAGCUACAAGAAGAAGCUGCAGAGAGCUGCACCCAGGAGCUCCACUGGACACACACCGCAGGACUGAUGCAUACGUCUCACAUGGUUAGGGCUGUGUAUCGAUGUUGUAUUGAGCAGCCUAGAUAUUGUCUUACAUUUUGGGUAUGGUAAUAUCUUAUAUCGUUAUAUAUAAGUGUGUUUUCCUAGUUUUGCAGGCUCUAAUACAGUGAAUGGAUGUCAUUCUAUGAACUAAAAAGACAUUUCACCUGUUUGCUUUACCCACUUAAUCAUUAUAACCUCAUUAUUUAUCAAAAAUGUCAUUGUGUAAAUAAUCUGUGAAGGCACCAAUAGUCAACAGUAAAAAAAAAUUGAUUAGGAAAUAUUUGGUCAAGAAUGAUGUGAUAUUUGGUUUUCUUCACAUGGCCCAGCUGUGCUCCAUGUGUCCUCUCUGCUUUCACUGAUCAUUGGCUCAGAGCUCAAUGGGCACUGGGCCUGUGUCUGAAUAUAACAGGUUGCUUUUGGUAAAGUCGGGACUGGAAAGGCUAACUUUUAUUUUUCAAACUGGAUCUUUUUCUCGCAUGUUAUAAUGACAGGGCCUAAUAUGUUUUAACUCUGUUCUGUAUUGAGAGUGAGUGCUGCACAGGGCAGUUGCUAAACAAGCUCCAAUUUAUCGCUUAGGGCUUUUCCGCAACCUCAAUUUACGUCCAAAAAUGCUUGCAUCUGCCACCGAAAGGCCUGAUAAUAAUAUUAAAGCCGGACUUAAUCAUGGACAGGACCUUUCAGAGAGAAAAAGCUUAGCGAAAAGUCUUGUUCUGGAAUCUCCUAUUGCAUUUGCAUUAUGGAAAUCGGUUAAUAUUCAGACAUUAUAUGUAAAAUCAACACUUUGCUAAGCUCUGUGUACUUCAACACAUAUACAUGUGUUAACUCCUCUUCAACUCUCUCAGCUUUCAGCCAGUUUCUUCUAGCAACAAGUCACAUGACACAAUAACAAAUAGACCAGAGAAGCUAAAUGUAGAGCUAACUAUAAUGUUGUCUGACACUUACCAUUUACAUUGCAGACAAAAAAACAUGUCCCCAUUAGUAAACACAAACAUCGGGAGAUUGGGUUCAGGUUGAAAAGUACGGUAGUUAAAGACAGGUGGUGUGAUCCUGUUGUCAUGAAGCCAUAAAUCUGCCUGCUCCUUAACGGCAACCUACUGGCCGCUAUUAGCACACAGUGAAACUAUGAAGCCCACUCACCAUGGGUUCUUUAUGGAGAGUAAACAAGCUAACUGUAGUAACUGAGUCAUAAGACAGCUGUACGGAUCUACAUCCUGUUAUGACUGCAAACACCUCCAUGCUGACUGUAUGUGUUUCUAAUGUCAUUCACAUUUCUGAAGAAAUCACCUUACUGCCAA